AUAGGCAUAUAAGCAAAUCACGUGUUGGGCUCUCCUGUACUUCGACUUCCAAAGCGUCGGACCUGAACAUAGGCAGUGGAGGGAGCACUAUGGGCCGCCUGGACGGGAAAGUGAUUGUGUUGUCAGCCGCUGCGCAGGGCAUUGGACGUGCUGCAGCAAUAGCAUUUGCGAAGGAGGGAGCUCAGGUCACAGCCACAGACAUCAAUGGAGAGAAGCUGAGGGAACUGGACGGUACUCCAGGAAUCAAGACCAAAGUGGUGGAUGUGACUAAGAAAGACCAAGUGGAAGCCCUGGCCAAGGAGCAUGACCAUGUAGAUGUGCUGUUCAACGUUGCUGGGUUUGUGCACCAUGGCUCCAUCUUGGACUGUGAAGAGGCCGACUGGGACUUCACAAUGAAUGUGAACGUCCGGAGCAUGUAUCUGAUGUGCAAGGCUUUCCUGCCCAAGAUGUUGGCAAAGAAGUCUGGAAACAUUAUUAACAUGGCUUCUGUUGCAUCAAGCAUAAAAGGUGUUGUGAACCGGUGUGUCUAUAGUACGUCCAAGGCUGCAGUGAUUGGGUUCACCAAAUCUAUAGCGGCUGAUUACAUUGACCAAGGCAUUCGCUGUAAUUGUGUUUGUCCUGGGACUGUUGACACUCCAUCACUGAGGGGUAGGAUCCAGGCCCAACCUGACCCAGAACAGGCGUAUAAGGAUUUCAUGGCAAGACAGAAAACUGGCAGAAUGUGUACAGCUGAGGAGGUGGCGCACCUGUGUGUCUACCUGGCCUCAGAUGAGUCAGCCUAUGUGACAGGGACAGAGCAAAUCAUCGAUGGAGGAUGGAGACUCUGAGAAACCUGUGGCAAGCUCAUCAUGUGGAGACAGCAAAUCCCUGAACCGAAAUAAAGUGUGCACUAGUUGAUGAUGGGUUUUUUUUUUAAAAUUAAUUUUGCACAUUAUAUUUGAAGAUUUUGAAGGAAGAUUUUGCCAUUGUCCAACUUUAAUCUAUGCUGCAAAUGUGUCCAUGUAGUGCCAAAAUACUGACAUUGGCAAUUGUUGACAUUGUGAUGAAUUUACUAUAUCACAGAUACAGUAUAACAUACAGUACAUAUAAUAAACAUCUAUUUGUAAUACUUUUUAAUUCAAAGCAAUCUGGGUGAAUCUCAAUGUGAUUAAUUAAUAAUGAAAUGUGUCUACACAUUUAUUAAAACGUUCAGCAAUA